AUGGAAGCCAAAGGUCGAUUCGGCCUCCCUCUAUUUGCCCCCAAGAACGUCGCUGCCUGGGCGUUGAAACCCAAACAGAGACCUCUCACCGUCGACUCGGCACCGUACACCAAACCACCAAAGGGCCACGUCGUCAUCAAAGCCUUCGAUGUCGCCGUCAACCCCAUCGACUGGCUUCUUCAGGACGACGAUCUCUUCCAUUCCGAUUAUCCCACGGUUUUCGGACAGGAUGUCGGGGGAGAGAUUCAGGACGUCGCGGAUGAUGUCGAGGACUUUCAGAUCGGGACGAGGGUGAUUGCGUGCGUUGUCUCCCAUUCAGAGCAAGAGGGUGUCUCUGGUUAACGAUUUUCUGCAGGCAUUGUGCACGAGCACCCGAUGUCGACGUACCGCCUGGCGCCACUGGUGCUUUCCAGAGAUAUGUGGUCGUGCAGAAGAGUGCAGUCGCAGAACUACCCUACAAGAUCCCCUCUUCCGUCGGCGUGGUGCUACCACUGGGAAUUUCCACCGCAGCAGCCGGUCUGUUCCAGGAGGGCUUCCUCGCAUUGCCACUGCCCAGCGCAGAAGACAAGCCCGAACCACUGGGCCGAACGGUUCUCAUCUGGGGAGGAAGCUCAAGCGUAGGGUCAUGCGCCAUUCAACUCGCAGUCGCAGCCGGAGCGGAGGUCAUCACCACCGCAAGUCCCAGGAACUUCGAUUACUGCAAGGAACUUGGCGCUGCCGAGGUUUUCGAUUACCAUGCUGAAGACGUGGAAGAUGACAUCGUCCAAUGGUUGGAGGAGAAGACGGUUGCGGGUGCUUAUCACACCGUGGGUACGGAUGGCACUAUGCAGAGUUGUGCGAGGAUCAUGGAUCAGACGAAGGGGAAAGCGAUUGUGGUUUCGACGAGGGCACUACCGGAUGAUGGCAUUCCUAAGUCGGUGAGGACGAAGAUGGGUAAGUCGGAUGGGGAGAAUGCAAUCACAAUCGAUACGAAUGCUAACUUUCAUUACAGUCGGCGCGGCAGCCAUCUUUCAAAACGACGUCGGACCCAAGAUCUGGCGCGAAUUCCUGCCCAAGGCCCUCAAAGCAGGCACCAUCGUGCCCAAGCCCGAUGCAGAAAUCGUCGGUGAAGAACUCAGAUCCGUACAAGCGGGACUGGAUGCACAGAAGAAAGGCGUGAGCGCGAAGAAAGUCGUCGUCUCAUAUAUCUCGUAA